AACCAGAUGGGGGCAACGCUUGCAGGGCUGGGUGUUUUUGGUUCAAGCUACGACUGAUAGAGAUUUUUUUCUUUUUAGAAGACUCGUUUACUUUCGUCUCAGGAUGUCAUCAGGAAAUGCUUUCAUUGGGAAACCAGCCCCAGACUUUCAGGCUACAGCUGUAAUGCCUGAUGGGCAAUUUAAAGAUAUUAAACUCUCUAACUAUAGAGGGAAAUAUAUUGUGUUCUUCUUCUAUCCACUUGACUUCACCUUUGUCUGUCCAACUGAGAUCAUUGCAUUCAGUGACAGGUCUGAUGAGUUUACGAAAAUCAACUGUGAAGUGAUUGGUGCUUCUGUUGACUCUCAUUUCUGCCAUCUUGCCUGGAUUAACACACCUAAAAAACAGGGUGGAUUAGGCUGUAUGCGCAUUCCCUUGGUGUCUGACACAAACCGUGCCAUUGCUAAAGAGUAUGGUGUACUAAAAGAAGAUGAAGGCAUUUCUUACAGGGGCCUCUUUAUCAUUGAUGAUAAGGGGAUCUUGCGUCAGAUCACAAUCAAUGAUCUCCCUGUUGGCCGCUCAGUUGAUGAAACACUCCGACUGGUUCAGGCAUUUCAGUUUACUGACAAACAUGGAGAAGUGUGUCCUGCUGGCUGGCAUCCUGGGAAAGACACAAUCAAGCCUGAUGUUCAGAAGAGUAGAGAGUACUUCUCCAAGCAGAAAUAAAUAUGCUGUUUGUGUGAUUUUUGUACUGUAACCUGUGUAAGCACAAAAGCAAAACCAUCUUUGUCACUCUCUUUAUUUUUAAGAGUAGUAAUAUUGUGAUGUCAACUAACUGGUUUAUAGCUGCAGUCAGAAGCCAUUUAUUCUGGAUCAGUCCAAUUGACUUUACUAGGACAACUGCGGAAUAAAUGGAUUAUGGAUUGAUAUAGUGGUCAGUACUUAUAGCUAUUGUUAUAUGUCAUAUUGAUCUGAAACAAGACAGAACUUGCUCCUUGUGCUCGCGUGAAUAAGAAGGACCAAUACCAUGUACACUAUUGGCUCAGUGAUGCAUGUAGAAUAGUUGUUUUUCUGUGUUUUGAAUAUCAUUAAACUUGUGGAGAAAAAUGGGA